AUGCCUCUACAGCUGCUCCCCGCGUCGGCAGCAGCUUUUGCUCCUCGGUCGAAUCCCACCAUUGUGCUAGGCUCCCGUGUCGAAGUAUGGCUCACGCAAACACUCAAACGCAUCAGUCUUGUCAAGCGUCCCCUCAAUAACGUGCCCCAGCACGAUCGCUUCCUGACAGAGACCUUGGGUGCUCCAUCUGCCAUCUGGCUUCUAUCGUCGCUCAUGCUACCCAAUGCUCCACACUCGAAACUGCGCAAAGAUUCGGACCCGCUUCGAGAAGCCAUCGCAAACUACACCCUGACUCCUGUCCAAGCAUACGUCGUCCAUGUCGACAUGGUUUCCCAGCAUGAGGUCGCUUUCAAGCUGACCCAGGAUACCAUCGACACUCUGAUAGACUACCACAAUGACAUAUACUCGGUCGACAUCGCAGCCAGUACAUAUGCCUGGCCAGAGAAGGACGACCAGAUCAAGAAGAUGCAAGAAGCAUUCGUCCAAGCCGUCAACCGCUUUGUCUACCGUACAGCUGUCCGCGCUCUAGAGGGCCUCGAAGAGGGAGGUGCUGGUGAGCUGCUAGAAGGCCGCAGCAACGACGUCAAGGCCGCUAUCAUGAACCUGUUCCUGCCUCUUCUUCCUCCUCCUCCGCAAAUCGUCGACUUGAUUGCCCCGGCUCCUAUCAUGCCAAACGCCUGUUUCAUGCCUGGUCAGUGGUGGCAGCCUGCUCAAGCUUACGCUCUGGUGCCCAAUCCGGUAGACCCGUGGCAGAUCUUGCCCUCGAAUCCUGGGACAAGUGCUGCCAGCGCUCCGCCACAGUAUUGGUCGUCCCUCGACAUGGAUCCUGUUCAGCUUCCUUCUCCGACACCAUCAUACAGCCAGUCCCCUGUCAGCAUCUCCGAGCCGCCCUUCUAUUCCUCGGCUCAAAUCGAUAGUGGCAUAUCUGCCAUUUCUAUGCCCAUGAUGCUGCCGAGCACCCUGCCAUCGUGUGGCACAAGCAUGGCAAGUACUGGCUUCGAUGGUCUAGGCUGGAGUUUCAAUGCCUUCGCUCCACAGUAUGCUACUAUCUAG